AUGUCCGCCUCUCGCUACCCAGACAACAACAGCAACAGUAGCAACAACAAUAACAACAGAUACGGACGCGACAGAUCGCCUGCGUAUCGCGACCGACGACCGUCCAACUUUGGUGGUGUGUACCCUCCACGGGGUAACGAGCCCAACAGAGCAAACCCUGAGCCUGGCGUGUUUCCACCCAGAGACACUCCCAGAGGUCCCAAGUCCUUGGCUGAUACACCACGUGGUCCAGCGCCAGCACCAUUAGCAAACGUACCUUCUGGACGAGGGAGAGGAUUCCCAGGUCGGGGUGAGCCCACUCCUCUGCGGGAGGCCCCGCCGCUGAGUAGUGGGACUCUCCCAUCGCUCAACACCCACAAUUCUUGGAGAGCCGACCGACCUGAUCGCGACCAUCGUGAGCGGGAUUUUGAUCGAAGGGAGAGGCGGCCUAGUCCUCCACGACGAUCACCUAUUCGAGAUUCGCGAGAUCCGCGCGAUCAGAGAGAAUUUUUACCGCGCGAUCUAGACGUCAAUCGUGCACGACGAAAUUCUCGCGAAGGUCCUCCGUCUGCAGGGUCUACGUUUUCAGACGCUCCCACUCUUGGCGCUGGGUCGUCAUAUCGUGGGAGUGGGAUAGGGCGGGGUCGAGGUGGUAGCCAUUUUGGGGGACGCGGCAGAAACUUCCACAACGAUGACAGAGAUCGACAUCAUGAAGUCCGUGACCGCAUCCCAGAUCGAUCCUAUCGCCCACGCAGCCGUUCACCUCCGAUACGUCGAGAACGAGAUCCUCGAGAUGAGCGAGAUUUCGACAGAAGAGAUCGUGAUGAUCGGAGGUUUGUGCCAAGAGAGUAUGAUUCUUAUAUAGGACCCGCUGGUGCAGCCAAACCAGGUUUGAGAGCUCUGGAUACGCACCGUGGUCCGGGACCUUCUGACUUGCGACACAUUCCAGGAACACCUACUGGACCGACGCCUCAUUCUGCGCACCAUGUGUCUCCAGCGGACCGGCUAGGACCCCAGGUGGAUUCUUAUUCCCGCCGCUCUUCUGUUGCCAUGGAACCUUCGAGUGCUAAAGAUUCCCGUCGGGACCCCGGCAAGGAUGAUCUUUUGCUGGCCAGCCGCGCAGAAGCAUCGAGAGAAAGGUAUGCGCCACGCGCUUCGUCUCCGCCCGCUUCCAUUCCGGCAUUCGGUGGAUCCAAUGUCUGGAGAAACCCAAAUACUACAAUUGAUAGCAAACCAAGCACGGCCAUUGCACCACCGCCAAAGCCAGUUCAAGCUGCUCCUCCAGCCCCGGUCGCGCCAGCCACACCUGUCGUGGCACCCGCUAAUACCGCACCAACCAUCCCUACAGCGCCAAAAGCGAGCAUAUCUGCAGGUCUGUCCCCUGCCCCGCCUACCGGACCCAAGGCGGACCGAAUACCUGAUCGUCCUUCGUCUGAUCGUCCCCUAGGGGAUGUGUCAUACCAAGGGAACAGGCCGGCAACUUCUGGACCUCCACGUAUGGAACCUCCUCCCAAUCUACCUCCUUUUGUUACAUCUUCUCCAAACCCUCCCCCAGGCGCUGAUGUUCCAGGACCAGAUAAACUGGCGCCCAAGGCACCGGCUCUACAUUCCGCUCCACGGCAUGUACAAGCACAAUCUCUUGCGCCUCCUCCACCUUCAACUUUCUCAGCUCCAUCAGGUCCGUCGGCUCCUUCGGUUCCACCAGCUCUGGCAAAGUCUCCUCCCCUAGGGCCAGCGCCCAAACCACGCAUACCACCUUCAGCUCCACAGGCAGUACUUCGGGCAAACGUAUCGCCAUCUUUUUCACGAAUGCCUCACCCUCCAUUCGCUCCAAGAGAUACUUCUCCGAGUGUAAUGCCUCCGACUCUUGGGCCUCGUAGCGGCAGCGGUGGUGCUUCCUCGAUGCACACUUCACCUAAGACAUUGCCAUCUAACAUUCCCACUGGCCCCAAGGCUGACAGAGCACCAGUGGCACCUCGAGCGCCUCCAAUGUAUCCGCCGUCGGACAGGCCUAGUUUCACAGCUCCUAGAGCGCCUAUGGGAGAACGUCAAAAAAGCAUGCAAUGGCUAAGGCCAGGUCUCGUACCCAACCGAAAUACCGUCCUGAGCAAGCGGGAGUUUCCUUACGAAGAUCGUGAACGAGCCUUUGGUACUGCUCCCAAGGCCCCAAGGCUCGAGAACAGCGUUUCCGUUUCACAAUCGCAGCGCACCCAUCAAGCUAAAUCAGAGUCUCCGACGUUUUCGCGAACAUCUACCGAAUCAGAAAAGCCUCGAGGGCGAGCCGCAUCUGCAGAACGUCACAAGGCGCCAACACCGAACCCUACUUCGAUCGAAAUGAGACGUCACUCCGAUGUUUUUAUGCCAGAUGCAUCUCCGCGCCCAGUUCAGCCGCCUGCAUCAGCUGCGUCAUCUGUCCCAGAGGCGUUGCAGGACUCGGACGACGACCUCGACCUCGACGAAGAUGAUUUCGCAGAAUCUGAAACGAAAUAUAAUCGAGAAAGGUCACUUCUUGAAGCUAGGAGGGUGGAUCUGAGUGCACCCCAUCUUCGCGCGACGAGCCCUUUGCAAGAAAUCAUAUUGUUGUCAUGCUUGACUGCUGAUCAUCUACCUCGAGAGGAGCCUGAACCACAUCCUGCUGUCCAAACACAACCUCUGUCUCAGGCUCAAGAAGUUUCUCCAUCCUCCCCUGGACAGCCUGAUUUGGAGAAGGCAACUGCAGAGCUUCCAACGCCAAGAGCAGAAGAGUCAUGCGAGGAGGAUGUUGUCAUGGAAGUGAAGGAAGAGAACGAAGACAGAGAGGUCAAAGGAGAGAGGUCGAUUGCACCGGCGACGGUAGCAUUACGAUUACGGCGUGAGCGCUCUACAGAGCUAGAGGAGAUGCCAGACGUGAGAACUCUGCCCUAUCUAGGCUCAGGGCCACCAACACCGUUGUCCGACAUAGAACAAGAUCGACCAGACAUCUCCGACACGGUUCUGCUUGCUAUUCGUGACAGGUUGCGAAAAAGCUUGGAGCCGGAACUGGAUACGGAGCAAACUUUGAGACAAUACGCUGCAGCAUACAAACAGUGGCGACUUUCCAUUCAUCCUUGGGAUGAAGAGCGUGAGCAGGAUGAGCAGGAGAGACAGCCAUCAGCGGAGCCUGGACUGAAAGCAACGACGCCAGAUGUUCAAAGCGCUGCUUUGGCUGGCCUUCUAGACGCACAGUCAGCGCCAACAGGCCGUAGAGGUCACUCCAGUCGAUGGGCAACGGAACUGGACUUUGAACAGGUUCUAAAGGAGUCUCUGAAGACUGCUGAAGAGGAGAGAAUGGGGAAAAGAGAGCAGGAACCAAAGCGAGCUAUGGCUGACCCAGAAAAAGAAGCAUUCCUCCCGCGGGAACUCACUGUGUCCGAAGCGCGACGGCGGCAAUUUAUAGACACCAACUUCCAGCGGGAACCUGGUUCAGGAAUUUUCGCGUUUCACUACGAACCACCGGAGGACGACUUCACGCCGGAGGAGCAUCGCGUUAUGGUUCACAACUACAAAGAUCAAUACGCGAAGAAGUGGGGCAAGUUGGCGGAGAUUCUGUACAAAGAGGUCGGGACAGAGCGGACGUAUAAGGAUUGCAUCAACCACUACUACGCUACAAAAUGGGGCAAGGAGUACAAAGGUAAACUCAAAGGAAGACGAGGGGGGGCUAGGAAGAGAGGUGGAGCAACCGGUCGUGGCCGCGGAGCCAUUGCUAAUAUGGAUCGGCCUGAAGCCUCCGGAGAAGACGGACUACCUUUGGCUCUCACAGAGUCGGGACGACCCAAACGCUCCGCAGCCCCAACUUUUGGUGGUAUGGAGAUUGAAUUCGACACAUCCGUUACUGUACAUACUCCAGGACGACCUCGUCGCCCGACAGAUGCUGACGGAGCACAGGAGAAAGCUAGCAGGCGUGGCAAGGUCAAAGAGAAAGUCGGCCGCAAGGCAAAGAACUUACUUCCGGCGGCUGUUCCUGCAGGAUCACCUGUGAAGAUCGAUCGGAAGGAGAAGGCAUUUGGAGUCAAAAUGGAGGACGAGUAUGGCAAACGACCGCUGGAUGAAAUGCCGAUGCCUGUUCACACCGGUUUCAUCGAGGAUCCAAUGUUGCUCUCCGGUGAUCCGCUGGCCCUGUCGGGGUUCGUCCCUGGCAUGAUGGAGCGACCUAAGACGCAGGCCACUGCGAGACCUGGUCCAAGUAGCUACUGGUCAGUCUCUGAACUACAAGAUUUCGAUAAGUAUGUUGAGCACUUUGGUACUGACUGGUUGGCGAUCGCAAAUCACAUGGGCACGAAGACGCACACGAUGAUUAAAAAUCAAUACUUGCGUCAUGUUGAGAGUGGGAAGGCGGAGCUCGAGCAAAAAGCUCAAGAAGCUGAUCGGAAAAGAGAGAGGGGCGACAAUCUGGGACCUCCGCCAAUGCCCACACCUGCGCCCAAAAGACGGUAUGAGAGUACGCAGCCACCGCUUCCUCGUAACCUCGCGCCUACACCUGAGUUGCACAACUCUCCCCUCUCAAACCCACUUUCGCUACCAAAGCUCUCGCCUCCGCAUUCUACUUCUUCUGCGAGAUUCUCAGCCAUUGCUCAAGCCCCUAUCCCAAGCAAGGCUCUUGUAGCUGCUCACGGAAACCCUUCCUUGGUAGACACAAGCCUCUCAUCUGUGCCUUCAAUGGUACAACAACAGUCACCUCCACCUCCACCCCCGCGGAGUCAGCCACAGCAUCGUCACCAACAUACAUUGUCUCAGCACAAGCCACACCCACCUGGACCUCGCGCUGGCUACUUUUCGGAUGACCUGCCUCCUCGUAUGGAAAGCCGACCUCCCUCACAAUCAUCAUCCAUCAACAACUCGCAUCGGCCCCUACAGCAUCACAUGCAAACCCAAAGCCGUACACAGGAGCAGCAUCAACCACCGAUAUUCCGUACGAUGAGUCACCAAGAGCGAGAGAAUCGAGUAAGGUCUGAGCUACAACAAGAACAAGAAGCGCAACAACGGUAUCAGCAGCAGCAGCAUCACGCUCGGCGCAUAUCUCAAGAGAUGCACCACCACAGGCCGUUCCCUCCAAGUGGCCCCACACCACUUAUGGCUCCGGUACGUUCGAAUUCGAGUUCGAAUGUGAAGUCUCCAGAACAUCGAUCACUGUCAUACUCACACUCACGCCACAUUUCACAGUCUCAAGAGAUGGGCCCUCAAGUACACGGCACACAUCCCGGGGCACAGCAAUUCCCGUUGCGCUCUGCAAUCUUGACCCCACCUGUGAAAGAAGAGUCAAGGCAUCCUCCGGUAUCCGCGCCCCCGCAAGUGCAACCACCGCAUCUGUUACCAUCCCAGCAUCAACUUCAUCCGCAGUUCGGUCAAUCUCCGAUGCAAAACACACCACCGCCUCCUGCGCCGAAGCCUGCGGCAGAAGCAAGAAAGUCCAACUUGAUGUCACUGCUCAAUGAUCCAGAGCCCGAAGAGCCGCGGCGCAAGAAACCCAAUGACCAAGGCCCUCCAUCGCAUAGCACGACUCCCCAGCAACAGAUGCCAAUUGCCCCUCCGCCGGUUGCACAAUCGCUUCCUCCGCGACGUGACCCCUAUGCAGAUUCUGUCACUACCCAGCCUCCUUACAAUCGGUCUUCUUACGUGCAACAAACUUCCUUGCCUUCUGCAGCACCUAACCGGUUGGUAGAUUUGGGCAAUGACCAGACAUCGGGGAGCAGACCGGGCAUACGAGAGACUUGGCAGCAACGGCAACAGUUCCUUCCGACUCAAAGCCAGACACAGCAGCAAGCAUCGGUUUCCUCUUCGCACUCAGGGAUGGCCCAAUCUCAUUUCGGUGACCCAAGAUCGUUCGCCAACCAUCGUGCGGUCUUUGCUCCGCUCAACGCUCGACACAAUCCAUCGCCACCUCCGAGCGCGCCUCUCAGCGCGUACAGCAACUCACCUCAUUUACACUCACGGACACCGAGCUUAAGUGGUCAGUCUAUGCAAUCAUCACGCCACGGCCCUCCCAGCGCGAGUUCGGCACAGCAUCCUCAGGCGACACCCGGUUCCACAUCUCAAAUCCUGCAACCAAAUCCAUAUGCCCAGGUCGAUCCACCUGGGAGUAGUGCACCACCUGCUGGCCCCAUGGGCAUGCGUCCUAGCCCUCAUCUUCACACGACUCAUGUGGCACAGCAGAGAGAUGUCUCCAGUAGGAAUGAGCACUCGCAGAUGCAAAAUGCGAAUCUCUCUUACUCUAACCCUCAGACACCGAAGGAAGCUCCCGCUAAGCCGAUGCGUAUUCCGAACAGCAUGGCCGAAUCCUAUCGUCCUCGUGAUCUUCGAGAAGCUCUUCACGAUUACGAAUCUCGGAACUCGGAUCGGGACACGAGUCGCGAGCUAUCCCAGAAAACUGACUUCCUCCUCCGUGAACAAAUGUCAAACCAACAACUUCGCUCCAACGGUCCGCCGCCAAUGCACGACGAGCUGCGGUAUCAGCCACCGCAACAAGACCGCGGAUUGUUCGCGCAGCGCUCACAUACGCCCCUGUCUAGAUCUGAACAUGGACAGCCGCCACCUCUGCAACACCCCCCGCACUCUUCGCUAGGGACCAACAAUCACACCAUCUACGGUCAGCGUCCUUCGGAAGAGCCGUCGCACCGCUUCAGUCAGCCCCUUCAUCGCGAUCGAGGCAUCGCAGAUCGUAUACGUGAAGAGCAGCAACAACAACACCGGGAAGAAUACAUGAGGAGGGAGGAAAUGCGCGAGCGUGAAAUGCGCGAACGUGAGCGCGAUGCUCAUUUCCGCGAAAGCAUGAUGAGAAGGGAUCCGAGGGCGCAGCCGCCUGGGUCGGGUCCUGGACCUGGGCCUGAUACUAGACCGCCCGCAGGGCCGAUGGACUGGUCGACUUCUGCGAGACAUCCGCAAGAUCGAUGGCAAAGGUAG